AUGGAAGAUGUGGCUGGAGAGUGCCUUGAGGAGUUGAUGCAGAGGAACUUGAUCCAAGUUGCCAAGUGGAAAUCGAACGGGGUACCUGAAUCGUUUAUUAUUCAUGAUCUCCUCUUGAACUUGGCAAUAUCAGAAGCCAAAGAAGGUAAAUUUCUUAACGUCUCCACUCCUCAGAUGUCCUUGAAUCGUUAUCGUCGUGUAGCCCUCCGUGAUAAGUGUAGUGAAGAUUAUAUGACCGAGGCUUCCCACCAUUCCUCCUCGAGUAGUUCUUCAAAGUCAUUGCUUUGCUACACUGAAAUGCCCCCUUCUCUUUAUGGACAGUUCAAACUACUUAAUGUAUUGGAUCUAGAAGAUGCCCCAGGUAUUAAAAACUUACCCAAGGAAAUAGGAAAGCUCUUUCUCCUCAAGUACUUGAGCCUACGUGGAACCCGCUUGAAAACUCUUCCACCUUGGGUUGGCAACUUGUACAACUUGCAGACUCUCAAUUUGUUUGGUACUAGGAUUGACGAUGAUUUACCCAUUGAAAUAUUAAAGUUGGACAAAUUAAGGCAUCUUCUAUGCUUGAGUAGAAUCCCGAAGUGGAGAUCUGAUGAUUCCAUUACUAAGAGGGCUAUUCGGAUUUGUCGUCCUUCUCCUCCUCCCAGACACCUUGGAGAUAUAAGUCAUCUCCAAACACUAUGGCUUCGAACAGGCGAUUGGAUCGAGGAUGGCCUUGAAAAGUUGAUUGAUCUAAGGAACUUGAGAAUCGAUGGAAAAGAAGGACACAUGGAGAAAUUCAAAGAGAAAUUGUCCCAAGCCCUUGUAAAAUUGGAGCGCCUUGAGGUUCUAUUCUUGAUAGAAUUAGGGGAGGGCGAAAUAGCUUUCCCUUCAUUUUCGAACAAUAAGUAUCUCUAUGAUCUCUACAUCUGCGGCCACAUAGGGAAGUUACCUGACUCCCACAACUUCCCACCGAGUCUCACAAGGUUGCGAUUGGCUAGCACACGUCUAGAAGAAGACAUGAUACCGAUACUAGAGAAGCUGCCCAAAUUAAGGGAACUCACAUUGGAUAAGCAACCAUACGACGGAGUAGUAAUGAAAUGCUCUGCAAGAGGGUUUCCUAAACUUGAGAAUUUGACUCUCCAUGAUUUUCACAGCCUAAUGGAUUGGGUAGUGGAGGAAGAAGCAAUGCUUAAUCUGAGGAAAUUAGAAAUUAAUGAGCUUUAUGGGUUAAAAUCCAUCCCCAAUGGGCUGAGUCACAUCACAACACUACAGGAACUUACAUUGGUUAUGCCAAAACAGUUUCUUGAGAGGGUUAAAGAAGGUGGAAAAGAUUGGGAGAAGAUCAAACAUGUACCUUCCAUCAGAACAAGGGAAGAAGAAAUUCCAGAAGAGAUAUUGCAACAGUUUCCUCAAUAUGGACGCCAAUGGGUUGAUGUCUACAAGGGAGAUAAUCCCUCAUGA